AAAGAUGGCGGCGGUGCAAGUCGCUGGCUCCCUUCUAGGCGGGCCACAGCGGGCGGCGCCGCCGGAGUCACCCCCCAAACCGGGCAAUGGGUUCCGCUGCUUAUCCGCCAGGCUUUGCGCCCUGCGCCCGGAUGACAGCAGCUCUGCCCGCACGGAGAUCCACCUGCUUUUCGACCAGCUUAUCUCAGAGAACUACAGCGAGGGCGGCGGCGGCGUGGCCCCGGAGGACGUCAGUACUCUUCUUGUCCAAGCUUGCCGACUGGUGCCUCUUAAUCAGAAUCAUCUUGUCAGCAAAGUGUCUCAGCUUAUCCACCACUUACUUAAUAGAUUACAGGUGAUUGUUGAUGAACAGAACCUGGAUUUCCUGUUGGAAUAUACUAUUUCAGCUAUUCAACAGUGUAGUUCCUGGACACACAUGAAAAUUCUUCAAGCCCUGGCAGCUCUGGUUUAUUGCAAUGGCUCCAAAUGUCAAAAGUACCUCCCAGACUUGCUCGGCAAGACUGGACUUUUAAUGAAGUUGAGUGACUUGACUCAAUCUGACCCGGAAGUCAGGAGAGCUGCAGUGCAUUGUAUGGCGAACUUAUGUCUCAGUGUGCCAGGACAGCCAUACUUGGAGGAGUCCUACCAAAAUGUCUGCUUCCGAGUUUUCUUGACAACCUUACAGUCUCCAAAAUCAUCUGAUAUGGAUGAUAUCACAUUUUGCAUGUUGUUACAAAAUGCAUUAAAAGGCAUACAGUCACUUCUAAAUGUUGGGAAGAUGAAACUGACACAGACUGAUCAACUUGGAGCUCUUCUAGCUGUGCUAAAGAAAUCCAUGUUUCAUGGACUCCCUGGACUGAACAUAGAGAUGCCCACGGUGUUGUACCCCACUCCACUUCCUCAGUAUGAUGGGCGGCCACCUGUCAAACCACAGCAGUUAGAACCCAGUGCUUCUCGACUGACUGCGAAUAAAAAGAAAAAAUUAAAAGUAAAACCAAAGAAAAGCCAGCAAGGAGAGGAGGAGGAGGAAGAAUCCAGUGGUGACAGAGAAGCAGCCACAGUCACUGGCUCGGGCAGAGUGAAUCUGCAUGAAGGGAACACUCAAUGUUCCUCCUCCCUGAGUGUCCAGAGUUUGCCAAUAGAUGGAAGCAGAGCUGCAGGAGAAAACCAAGUCUCCUCACCCUUCCAUUCUUCCAGUUGGAAAAGGGUCAGCAGUAGCGAGUCGGAAUAUUCUGAUGCUGAAGGAGGCAUGCAGAGUAAAAUUAGGUCUUACCAAGCCAGAGUUCGCCAAGGAGCAUUAGCUUGUUUCCUUUCUACUGUAAAAUCAAUAGAAAAAAAGGUUCUUUAUGGCUACUGGUCAGCCUUUGUUCCUGAUACACCUGAGCUUGGAAGCCCUCAGUCUGUGUCCUUGAUGACUCUUACAUUAAAAGAUCCUUCUCCAAAGACACGUGCCUGUGCUUUGCAAGUUUUAUCUGCCAUCUUGGAAGGUUCAAAGCAGUUUCUUUCUGUUGCUGAAGAUACCAGUGACCACAGAAGGGCUUUUACUCCCUUCUCUGUAAUGAUCGCUUCCAGCAUUAGAGAAUUACAUAGAUGUCUAUUGUUAGCUUUGGUGGCUGAGUCGUCUUCACAGACCCUUACUCAGAUAAUUAAGUGCCUUGCAAAUUUAGUAUCAAAUUCACCUUAUAACCGUCUGAAACUCAGCCUGUUGACCAAGGUGUGGAAUCAGAUAAAGCCUUAUAUCCAUCAUAAAGAUGUUAAUGUUCGUGUGUCAAGUCUCACACUCUUGGGAGCCAUAGUGUCUACUCAUGCACCGUUACCUGAAGUUCAGCUACUUUUACAACAACCCUGUACUUCUGGACUCAACAAUAACAAUUCAGCAACUCCUCACCUCAACCCUCCUGAUGGCUGGAAGAAAGCACCUUCAGGAUCCUUUCUAGAGGAAGGAUCAGUUAGCUCACCUAAAGGCUCUCCAGAGCCUUGUUGGCUCAUUCGACUUUGUAUUUCCACUGUUGUGCUGCCCAAGGAGGAUUCCUGCUCAGGUAGUGAUACUGGUUCUGCAGCAGGAGCCAUCUAUAAACCAUCCCCCAUUCGACUGGAGGCCUUACAGGUUUUGGCUCAUCUGGCAAGGGGCUACUUUUCAAUGACUCAGGUAUACUUGAUGGAGCUUGGAGAGGUGAUUUGCAAGUGCAUGGGGGAAGAAGAUCCAUCAAUUCAGCUUCAUGGAACAAAGCUUCUGGAAGAACUGGGUACAGGCUUAAUACAACAGUAUAAACCAGAUUCUGCUGUAGUGCCUGAUCAGAGAGUGCCAGUCACCUUGGUGGUGAUGUUCUGGACUAUGAUGCUGAAUGGUCCAUUACCCAGAGCCUUGCAGAACUCAGAGCACCCGACUCUCCAGGCAAGCGCCUGUGAUGCCCUGUCUUCCAUCUUGCCGGAAGCCUUCAGCAGUCUGCCGGGUGACAGGCAGAUCCUGUGCCUUACGAUGCUGCUUGGACUGAAUGAUAGCAAGAAUUGUCUGGUGAAAGCUGCAACCUCACGAGCCCUUGGUGUCUAUGUGCUUUUCCCCUGUCUCAGACAGGAUGUCAUAUUUGUUGCAGACACAGCAAAUGCAAUACUGAUGUCACUUCAAGACAAGUCUCUGAAUGUCCGGGCCAAAGCAGCCUGGUCCCUAGGCAACCUGACAGACACUUUGAUUGUCAACAUGGAAACACCAGAUCCGAGUUUCCAAGAAGAAUUCUCUGGUCUCCUGCUCUUAAAGAUGUUACGAUCAGCUAUAGAAGCCUCUAAGGAUAAAGACAAGGUAAAAAGCAGUGCAGUCCGUGCCCUUGGAAAUUUACUUCACUUCCUGCAGCCAUCUCAUGUAGAAAAACCCAGAUUUGCUGAAAUCAUUGAGGAGUCUAUCCAGGCCCUAAUUUCUACUGUUCUCAUUGAGGCUGCCAUGAAAGUCCGGUGGAAUGCUUGCUACGCAAUGGGAAAUGUAUUUAAAAAUCCUGCUCUUCCAUUAGGAACAGCCCCAUGGACAUCCCAGGCCUACAAUGCCCUGACUUCAGUUGUGACAUCAUGCAAGAACUUCAAAGUGCGCAUCAGAUCUGCUGCUGCCCUUUCCAUUCCGGGCAAGAGAGAGCAUUAUGGGUCUGUUGACCAGUAUGCUCAGAUCUGGAAUGCAUUAGUCAUUGCCCUACAGAAGAGUGAAGAUACCACAGACUUUUUGGAAUUCAAGUACUGUGCCAGUCUGCGGACACAAAUCUGCCAGGCGCUAGUUCACCUCCUGAGCGUUGCCAGUGCCUCAGACCUGCCCUGCAUCAAAGAAACUCUUGAGCUGAAUGGGGACAUGGUCCAAUCAUAUAUCCUGCAGUUUUUAAAAUCAGGAGAAGAGGGAGAUGACACCAGAGCACCCCACAGCCCACAGGAAAGAGAUCAGAUGGUGAAAACUGCCCUGGAGCACGUGAGCGGUAUUCAGCCUCUGACUGGGGACUCAGCCCAAAGGGCCAUCGUGGGCUUUUUAGAAGAUAUUCUCACUGUUUAUUUUGAUUCAUCUGGAUCACAAGAUGCACUCCUAGGAUUAACAAAUCGGUGAAUAUUCCAUCAUAUUUUCCAAGUGUCAAGUGGUAGGAGGAAGGCCUCAGCUUGAGCAUCAGCUAUUUGGGAUUUCAUUUUAGGGGCAGAAACAAUACCACUAUUUAUUUAGAAUGAGUUAACAGUAAUUAAAAUUUUUUCUUAAAAGGCUCAACCACUUCAGAGGUGGUUCCACUGCAUUGGCCAUGGUCUAGGUCGUUGCGACCGCUCACUUGUGUCGCCAGGAGCCAAGGAGCUGGGAUGUGAUGUGAGCUGAGCAAACUGGAGGAUUGUGAAAAGUGGUUAGUCACAGAAGAUUUGAAAAAAAAAAAAGCAACACAGGAGGAGUUAGGAAUUAGAAUGUUGGGUAUUUUGUCUUUGGGAGUUGUUUUUCUUUUGUAAUAAACUAAUGAA